UGGCUUUUCACUGGCAUUAUUGAGAAACAAAUAAUUGAGACGUUGGCACUCCCUCUCAGUCUGCAAUGGCUACAACUUCGCUAUUAUCGGCAGUCUCAAGAAGGCUAGAGGGGAAGGUGGCCGUGAUAACCGGAGGAGCAAGCGGGAUUGGGGAAUGCACCGCGAAAGUAUUUGCUCAUCACGGAGCCAAGCUAAUCAUAGCUGACAUCCAAGAUGCCCUCGGCCACUCACUCUGUCAAUCCAUAGACGAAACAAAUUGCAAAUACGUCCAUUGCGAUGUCACAGACGAAACCCAUGUGAAAAAUGCUGUGGACAAAGCUGUGAAGGCCUACGGAAAGCUUGACAUUAUUUUCAACAACGCAGGCACAAGUGACAAGAGCUACCUGCGAAUCCUCAAAGAUCAGAAGAAUGAUUUCGAGCGUGUGAUGAGCGUGAACGCAACGGGAGUUUUCCUAGGCAUAAAGCACGCUUCUCGGGUUAUGAUCCCUGCCAGAAGCGGCAGCAUCAUCUCAACUGCCAGUGUGUGUUCCUAUAUUGGUGGUGCAGCCUCACACGCCUAUACCGCCUCAAAGCACGCCGUGUUAGGCCUAACAAAAAGUGCAGCGGUCGAGUUGGGGCAAUACGGAAUAAGAGUGAAUUGCUUGUCGCCGUAUGGUGUGGCGACGCCUUUGGUGGAGAAAUUUUUGGGGCGAAAGAAAGGGGACAUUGAGAAUUUGUUUAGUUCCGCAGCCAAUUUGAAGAAUGUGACGCUUGAGGCAGAGGAUGUGGCAAAUGCAGCCCUGUAUUUGGCUAGUGAUGAGGCAAGGUAUAUAAGUGGGCAUAACCUUUUUGUUGAUGGAGGUUAUAGCAUUGCUAAUCCUUCCUUCAACAUGUUUCAGCCUUGAUCACGCUUAAUAAUGUGUCCACCACAAACGAAAGAUGAAUACUUUGUGUGAGAACAUAUUUUUGUAUCUCACUAAUUAUAUUAUAGUUUUGAAAGUGGAGGGUAGUUUUAUGGGGGAAAAAAAUACCUUAUUUGAGUGGAAUCGAAAAAUAAACACCUUUAUAUUUAUAAAAAUAAGGAUUUUUAUACCUCUAUGUUUUUAAUCCUAAGUCGCUGAUAGCUUCAGUUGUUAAAAUUGAUCUUCUUUUUGCUGCGUGGUGGUUGAGAAUGCUAUUUACUUAAUUGUGUUUUGUGUUA